GGUGGACGUGAUAGUGGAUGAAGUCAAGAGAGGUUUUGACUUGGGGGUGAAUGGUCGACGACUGUGUGACGGCGGGGGUUGUCGUCUUGGGUGGUGGGGUGACCAUGGUGGAGGUGGUGGUGGAUGAAGACGGGGGUGUGGAUGAUGUGCCAGCGGAGAGGGCGGUGGAUGUGGAGGCGGAGGAUGGAGGAAGGGUGGUGGCACCAGAGGUGGGGGGGGGGGGACGUGGUGCUGACGAUCUGGAUGGCGGGGGUUUGAUUUUUGGUGGUGGUCACACGAGCGGAGAUGGUGGAGACGGUUCGAUGCUGUCGACAGAGUCGGUGUGGAUGCCGGAUAUAUCAAUGCUGGAUGAUUGGGCCAUGGUGGGGGAGGAAGUGGUGGUAGCGGCGGAUGAGGUGUUAGCAGCAGAUGAGGUGGAAGCGGCGGCAGCAGCGGCGGCUGCGCAUUUGGUACCAAAGCUUACCGGGACUGUUUUUUGUCAGAUAUCAGGUACAGUCAGGAGUAGCGUAGAUUACGGAACUACCAGGGGAUAUAAGCAGGAGAAGAGAGACGACUUACAGAUUGAGGAGGAGCACGUUACGGUCACUGGAGUGGACGAGAUGAGCGAUCGAAGUUAUCGAGGAUAUGGUAGGGACGAGAGAAAUGAACAGUAUGAAAGGGGACGUGACACUAAACGAGAGGAACCGAGGGAUAGACCCAGAGGGCGAAGCCGCGACGAUUACCAGGAAGGCCAUGAACGGGGGAGUGAACGCGGAUAUGGUGGAGGGGAGCACGUAAGAAGAGGGCCGCCCAUAUGCUUCGAAUGCGGUGAGCCUGGACACUACCGUAAUCAAUGCUGGAAGAGAAGUGAGACGGGAUCAGCGAGAGGCGGAGCAAGUAGCUCAGGCAUGCCAAGUCAAGAACCAGGAGCUGAGGUGGCAAUGAAGAAGCAACUGGAGGACUUCGACAAAUCCGUGGCACUCUUCCAGGAGUAUAUCCAGACAGAGAACAAGAAGGAGGCAAAAGAAUGGAAGAAGCAGGAGAAACUGGAGCGGAUGCAACGAGAAGAAGCGGAACUAUUCACCAAGGAGGAAGCGCGCAAAGCCAAGGAAAUGAGAGCAGCAAAGAAGCUAGCAAAGAAGAAGAAGGAAGAAGAGGAGAAGAUGGAGUUCAGCAAGGCGAUGAGACUGCACAUGGCAGUCUGCGUCGGAAGCCUACGGGAACAAAUGCAGGGCGAGAUGAGGAGGAAUAUGGAGGCCGUCCAAGCGAUUAUCAGAGGGAAGCAGCAAGUAACAUCGCCAGCAUCAUCGGCAUCACCGGCGUCCUACACUAGCGAACGGACAGCGAGCGAAGUUGAAGAGAUUAAUCAGAAAGCAAAGAGCCUCUCCAUCAAAGAGAAGUGCAAGCGAAGUCCGGACAAGGCUAUUGGCAACAGUCCGCCAAUGGAGCUACCGCCUAAACGUACGCCGAGAAAAUCGAACAUCAAACCGGUAAAACUGGCAGCCAAGCUGCAAACUACAGUAGCAAAGAAGACAGGAACCAAGAGCAAGAAAGACGAAGUUAAUAACCGUACUCCCACACGAUACACACCCAAGAAGGGAACACCGAAGACGAAGAUAGCGGCUGCAAUCGGAGCGGCCGCGAAGACGAAGUUCGUUGUGGACAACAUGCGACAGCUGGCGGACUUCCAUGCAGAAGACCUGAAGCGCAUCUGCUGCCGUGAAGAACUUGACUACGAAAACAAAGUCCUCGCCGUCAUCAACGUCGCCGAGAAGCGAGCGGAGGAGGCCUACGGGGAAGAUGAAGCUGCAGGCGACACAACCAUGGAAGCAGGAGCGGAAGACCAAGCUGUAUCUGAAGAAUCGAGCGGAGACGGAGACGAAGAAGAAGACGAAUACUGACUCGCGGACAUCGGGCACGAGCUAUGGGGGCUUUGUCACUGGCUCAUAGACUACCGCAAACGAUCCUUACAGGAUUUCGCCGCGGAGAGACUAUAUCGGGUUGUCACUGUUCUGUUAGGAGCGAUGGGAAAAGUGAACUGGCUACAGAAAUAUACAGCAUCCUGGAUACGGCUCUACAAGAAGCACGGUACAGGGUUUCUGGAGAGGCAUAAGGGAGUGUACGCGCUGGUGUCACCGAGGUGUAAAGCAUCA